AUGACUGGUAACAAGGUCUCCGAAUCAACUCGCGAACGGGAGAUAUUCAAAUAUGACUCGGUCCUUGUCGCCAACUCUAUUCGCAAUGAUGUCGCAAACCUUAUUCCGUCGUCUUCAUUGCGACCAUGCUCGGAUCCUGCCAUGACAGCUCUGGCCCAGGUGGCUCUCUUGAGACUUGGCGCCUGUCGCGCCAUGAUCUCGCUGUUUGACUGUCAACACCAGCAUAUCAUUGCUGAAGCUACACCUGCGCUUCGCAUAUCUGCUCACGCCAAUCCUCCUAGUUCUGGUUCCGAUAGCCUCUGGCUUUGUGGUACUGCAAUACCUCGAAGCUAUGGUAUUUGUGAUCGUGUAUUGGUAUCUCGCGAGUCUGGCGGACCACAGCAAGCAUCUUUCGCUUCGGAACUCCCAGUCACAGUUAUAAGCAACCUCGCUGAAAAUGAAGAGUAUCGCAAUACCUGGUACUACAAUGUACGCCCAGAGCAUCGCUUCUACGCAGGAGUACCGAUAAGAACCCGCCGAGGUAUCAACAUUGGCGUCUUCUGUAUUCUUGACAACGAGCCACGGGAGGCACUUGACGAAGCAUCACUCCAAGUCAUGCGAGAUGUUUCAGCGUCUAUCCUGGGACAAAUGGAACUGACACGAUCUGGAGAUGGCAGGCGUCCUGGCGAGCGCAUGGUUCGCGGUUUGGGAAGCUACGUGGAGGGUAAGACGACCCUGUCAGGAUGGCAAAACAGUUCAGCUCAUGCUUUCAAUACCGAUGCAAGCACAGAAGAGGGUUCUCUCAACCAGACGCAACAAAGGAUCCAGAAUCAGAGGGAUAAUCCCACUGCUGCUGCCGACACGGACAGCAUAUCCACGCCAGAUAUUUUUGUUCUUGAAAGCCCUAGUCAGAACAGGCCGACAAGCCCGUUCCAUCCAACAGACAAGCCUCCCCAUUCAGCUCCAACUGGAGAAGAAUCGCGAUCUCAGCAGCUGAACCAGAUCUUCUCGAAAGCGGCAAACAUACUACGCGAGUCGAUUGAAGUUGAAGGGGUCUUAUUUUUGGAUGCAGGUGUUGGCUCUUUUGCUGGCAGAAUCCGGUCCGGUUCUUUGCGCCGCAAUACAAGGACCCACGAUCGCUCUUCCUCUUCCUCAUCUUCGUCCUCUCAAGGUAGAGGCCACAUUUCAGUCUCAUCCCCCCGGAAUUCCGCAGACUCCUGGUCCUCAGGUGCUAUGUGCCCUGUCCUUGGGUUCUCUACGUCUGUGUCUUCCAGUAUCAACGGUGAAGCCCCAUCAGGACGCAGUCGAACUAUACCCGAACGACAGCUCCAGAGGCUACUGCGACGCUAUCCAAAAGGCAAGAUCUUUAACUUCGAUGGCGACGGAAUGAUGGGAUCGAGUGAUCCGACGAGCGAGGACUCGGCCAUGGCCGCUUUCCAGGCCCAAAAGGCUCGGAGCAUUCAAGAAGGGAAAGGGGGCGACAAGCACAAGUCGCGGAAGGUCAACGAUCCGUAUUCACGGAAAAAUGAAGGCCUGGCUAUUCGUGAUGUCUUCCCAGGAGCACGCAGCGUUGCCUUUGUGCCUCUAUGGGAUUCUCACAGAGAACGCUGGUUUUCCGGGUGUUUUGUCUAUACAAUGACGCCAACCCGCAUCUUUACAGUCCAGGGGGAACUGAGCUACCUUGCCGCUUUCAGCGCAGUCAUCAUGGCAGACGUUGCUAUGAUGGAGAGUUCCAUAGUAUCCUUGGCGACGACAUCUUUACUCAGUUCCCUAUCCCAUGAACUCCGGUCUCCACUUCAUGGGAUUGUUCUGUGUGCCGAGUUGUUGCGCGAUACCGCACUAGAUGUAUUCCAGGGCGAUGUAUUGCGCUCCCUUGAGGUCUGUGGUCGUACACUUCUGGACACCAUCAAUCACUUGCUUGAUUGGACACGCAUCAACAACUUUGUCAAGGCACCUAGUGGACAGUCGCCAAACUCAGGUAUUGCCUUCGUGAGAGGCUCACAGUCUAACCAAAGAAGUAGACCAACGGACGGGAUGAUGCAUAUCACUUCGAAUCUAGAUCUAGACAUGUUGGUGGAAGAAGUUGUGGAGUGUAUUCAUGCGGGCCACACCUACCAACAACAAUCACUCUCGCUUGUUCACGAUGACAAGCCGAAUGAAGAGCUCAAUCGUGAUCCUCUUACCCGCCUUGAUGGUAUGGACGUUGCGGAUAGUAUCAAGGCUGGAGAAAAGAUCAGUAAUGGAGCUGGUCCUGAUGCAGUCCUUGUGAUGUUGGACAUUGACCCGGCGGUAGACUGGGCGUUCCAUGUUGAGUCAGGGGCGCUGAGGCGCAUAAUCAUGAAUCUUUGUGGAAAUGCCCUCAAGUAUACUACACGGGGUUAUGUUAAAGUCUCUGCCUACCAGGACCAUCCUGGGCAAAGCCGGUCAAGGGAUCGAGUCGUUCAUAUCGAUAUCAUCGACACAGGAGCUGGCAUUGGUCAAGACUAUCUCAACCACCGUCUGUUCGCUCCGUUCGCUCAAGAGAAUGUUCAUUCGUCGGGUGCUGGCCUUGGUCUGAGUUUGGUGAGGAAAUUUGUCAGGGCCCUCGGAGGCUCUAUACAUGUCCAAAGCAAGGUGGGCACGGGAACCCGCAUCGCGGUAAAACUACCACUAGAAGCUGUCAAUGUUGAUUCGACGGAAACAAUGUCCGACCGCGAGGAGUUCCAGUCCCAGGCCAUUGAGUUGUCGGGUCUCCGCGUUUGCAUCAACGGCUUCACACCUCUCGGCGGAGGCGGCUCAGAAAGCCAAAGUUGGAACUCUAGGGAGUUUGACGAACGUGCUUUGCUGGAAAAGGUCUGCCACAAUUGGCUGCAUAUGCAAGUUGUCGACUCCUUCCAUAACACCGAGUAUCUUCCUGACCUGAUACUCUGUGAUGAAUCUCACCUUGAAACGAUGGCAAACCUUCCACGAGACGAGCUAUCGUCCCCAGUUGUCGUGGUGUGUCGCAGUGCUGCGGUCGCUCGAUCGCUUGAUAGGUCACAUAGGUCACAGCGCAAGCUCAAUUGGGGCUUGUUCAGUUUUAUAUCGCGCCCUGUGGGACCGAGGAAACUUGCCAAAGCCUUUGUCCUCUGCUUCAGGCGCUGGAUGAAAUUACAAGCAACAGCUGCAGAUCGUGCCAGCGUCUCGACUAGACUCGACGAGCCACCGACUGUAUCGACGGCAGAAACAGAUCUUAUCCAAGGUGGUUCAGAUGACAAGCAACGCGGCUAUUUUGAUAUUGCCCCAACGAUGUCUCCUAAGAAGAGAAGGGCGCAUUGGGAUGACGAUGACGCACAGACUCCGUUGCCAUCAGUGCCCGCUUUGCAACUACUUCCAACACCCCAAGAUCAACGGUUCCUUCUGGUAGAAGACAAUGCUAUUAAUAUGAAGAUCCUACAAACGUACAUGAAGAAGCUGGGUGUGGCGUACGACUCGGCCUCGGAUGGACUCCGAGCUCUGGAGCGCUACAAAGCUCAAGAAGGGUGUUACAAGUGUAUUUUGAUGGAUAUUUCCAUGCCGGUAAUGGAUGGGUUCGAGGCUACACGACAAAUUCGAGGGUUUGAGAAGGCCUCGGAUUUGCCACGAAGGCAUAUUGUCGCUAUUUCUGGCCUCGCUUCUAAGGAUGCGCAGGAGGAUGCUUUUGCGAACGGACUGGAUCUGUUUCUCUCCAAGCCAGUGCAACUCAAGGAGCUCAGUCGGAUUCUCAAGAGUCGAGGGCUGAUUUAA